GGACGUGCUAGAAAUCGGACUGGAAGAGGUGGUCCUCUAAGGCUUUUUUCCUCUGCUGGUGUCAGUUAUUUUCAUAUUUUCACGCCGAGAGUUCUCUGCAACGAUUUUGACAGUGGUUCUCAACCUGUGGGUCGCGACCCCUUUGUAACAAUGAAAAUACAUCCUGCAUAUCAGGUUUCUUAGUGUCUCUGGGGAGCCCCUGACCAAAAUCUUCCUUCAGAAUCCAGCCCACCUCUUCCCAGCAGCUCUGCUUGAGUUCACAAAUAACUACUAAGCUUCAGGCUCCCUAGAGAACAAUGGUUGAGACCCAGUUGGCCAUGCUAGCUAGUUGGACCUCACCCCAGAGAUCCCCAGCUCUGGAUCCAGAGGAUCAGGGAAGCUCAUACAAGGGAUCAGUGUCCUUCAGGGAUGUGGCUAUAGAUUUCAGCACAGAGGAAUGGCAGCACCUGGACCCUUCUCAGAGAAACCUCUACUGGGAUGUGAUGCUGGAGACUUACAGCCACCUGCUGUCAGUAGGGUAUCAGCUUCCCAAAGGAGAGGUUGGCAUGUUAGAGCAAGGAAAGGAGCCAUGGGCAAUGCAGGGUGAGAAUCCACAUCAGAGCUGUCCAGGAGAAAAAUUAUUGGACCAAUUGGACCGUAACCAAUGUGGAAAAAUGCUAAGUUAUAAACAAACAUCCUCCCAACAUCAGAAAAUACAUACUGGAGAGAAGUCUGACAAUUGUACUAGACUUCAAAAGAUCAUCACCCAGAAUUUACAGUUCAAGGUACAUUUGCAAAGUCAGACAGGAGAAAAACUGUACACAUGUGUUGAAUGUGGAAAGGCUUUUGUUCAGAACUCAGAAUUCAUUACACAUCAGAAAACCCAUACUAAAGAAGAACCUUAUAAAGGCAAUGAAUGUGGAAAAUCCUUUUGCCAAGUAUCUUCUCUUUUCAGGCAUCAAAAAAUCCAUACCAGAGAAAAGCUCUCUGAAUGCAGUGAAUGUGGGAGAGGAUUCCUUUAUAACUCAGAUCUCACUAUAUGUGAGAAAACUCAUAAUGGAGAGAGACAUUCUCAAUGUGUAGAUUGUGGCAAAGCAUUUACACAAAAGUCCAUGCUCAGGGCAAAUGAGAAAAUUCAUACAAGUAAGGGAUCCUAUAUAUGGAUGGAAUGUGGACAGCCCUUCAUCCAGAAGACUCAAUUGAUUGCACAUCAAAGAAUUCACAUUGGACAAAAACCAUAUGAAUGCAGUAAUGGUGGGCAGUCUUUCAUUUCCAAGUCACAACUUCAGGUGCAUCAACAAAUCCACACAAGAAUAAGGCCCUAUAUACAAACCGAAUAUGAGAAAGUCUUCAUUAGUAGUUCCAACCUCAUUACACAUGAGAAAGUUAAAAUUAAAGAGAAAUCUUUCAUGUGUACUGAAUGUGAAAAGGCUUUUAUGUACAGAUCAGAUUUGAUUAUACAUCAGAGAAUUCACACUGGAGAAAAACCUUACAAAUGCAGUAUCUGUGGAAAAGCCUUCACUCAGAAGUCAGCACUCACAGUGCACCAGAGAAUUCACACAGGAGAAAAAUCAUAUGUGUGCAUGAAAUGUGGAUUGGCCUUCAUCCGGAAGGCACACCUGGUUGUACAUCAAACAGUUCAUACUGGAGAGAAACCUUAUGAAUGUGGUCACUGUGGCAAAUUCUUUGCUUCCAAGUCACAACUCCAUGUACAUAAACGAAUUCACACAGGAGAAAAACCCUAUAAGUGCAAUAACUGUGGAAGGGCAUUCACUAUCAGGUCAAAUCUCAUUACACAUCAGAAAACUCACACAGGAGAAAAAUCUUAUGUAUGCUCUAAAUGUGGAAAGGCCUUUACUCACAGGUCAGAUUUGAUUACACACCAGAGAAUCCAUACUGGAGAGAAGCCUUAUGAAUGUAGUACCUGUGGAAAAGCCUUCACUCAGAAAUCAAAUCUCAAUAUACACCAGAAAAUUCAUACUGGAGAGAGACAAUAUAAAUGCCAUGAGUGUGGGAAAGCCUUCAACCAGAAAUCAAUACUCACUGUGCAUCAAAAGAUUCAUACAGGAGAGAAACCAUAUGCAUGUACUGAGUGUGGAAAAGCCUUCAUCCAAAAGUCAAAUUUUAUUACUCAUCAGAGAAUUCAUUCUGGGGAGAAACCUUACAAAUGCAGUGACUGUGGGAAAUCCUUCACUUCCAAGUCUCAGCUCCGGGUGCAUCAACUAAUUCACACAGGAGAGAAGCCAUAUGUGUGUGCUGAGUGUGGGAAAGCCUUUACUGUUAGAUCAAGUCUUGGUAAACACCAGAAAACUCACACAGGAGAAAAGCCCUAUGUUUGUUCUGAAUGUGGGAAGACUUUCAGACAGAAGGCAGAGUUGAUUACACAUCAUAGAAUUCAUACUGGGGAGAAACCUUAUGAAUGCAGUGACUGUGGGAAGUCUUUCACUAAGAAAUCACAGCUGCAAGUGCAUCAGCGAAUUCACACAGGAGAGAAGCCUUAUGUAUGUGCUGAGUGUCAGAAGGCCUUUACUAACAAGUCAAAUUUGAAUAAACACCAGACAACACACACAGGAUAGAAACCCUACAUGUGUGCCGUCUGUGGGAAAUUAGUGCUCAACAUGCAUCAGAGUAUUCACACUUGAGAGAAACAGAGUACGAAAAUCUCACCAAGGACAGGUUUGAUAGUGCACUAUUGAAUCCAUGCAGCAGAAUAUUAUUUUAAAGUGGAAAUGUGUACAUCACUGUUCAGAAAAGGAUAUGUAAGAAGACACUGGGGCAAAGGAAGCUUCCCUCAUUGUCACUAGCCUCAUUAAAUCUUAGAACAUACAUCCUGAGAAGGAACUGAGUCAACUGGGUAAAUUAGAAAAAGCCUUCUCAGAGAAUAGAAAAAAGGAAGAAAGAAAAAACCUUCUCACAAAACUACAAUGGUUCACUAUUACCAAAAAAAUUUUUUUGAGACAGAGUCUCACUUUGUCACCUUGAGUAGAGUGCCAUGGAGUCAUAGCUCACAGCAACCUCAAACUCUUGGGCUCAAGCAAUUCCUUUGCCUCAGCCUCCUGAGUAGCUGGGACUACAGGCGCCUGCCAUAGCACCCGGCUAUUUUUAGAGGCGAGGUCUCACUCUGGCUCAGGCUGGUCUCAAACCUGUGAGCUCAGGCAAUCCACCCACCUCUGCCUCCCAGAGUACUGGGAUUACAGGCGUGAGACACUGUGCCCAGCCACCAAAUUCUUUAUAAGAAAGAUUAUAUUGUGUUUAUGAUAAUCCUGUUUUCUGUGGAAUAGGUACAGUGCCAACAAACUGAGUGGUAAAGGAACAUAGUCUAUAUGUUGGCAAUAAAUCCUAAAUCCUGUGAGUUGUUUGUUGUAGAACACAUUGUCUAACAGAAUAAUGGGUGAUAUUUCAUUCUUUUGAAUCUAACACAGUUGUGCAUAUCUAAUCUCCCACUGAAUAUUUUUAUCAAGAAAGAGAUACUGCAAUAAAAAUAUUCAUUAUUUA